CUCAGCUGUAGGUGCAGUAUAGGCAAUGAUGUGUCUCAAUGUAUAUUCCUUGUCUUUCCAUAGGCAGCAGCUUGUCAUUUGACAAUUACAAUGGAUUUGGAAGCAGUGGAGAGGGGGGCAGCCUCCCGAUUCUCAACCGCUUAAUACAAGGCGUCCAACUUCUUUCCCGAGCUUCCAGGUUGCAUAACCAGCUGAAGCCCGCAAUAUUAUUUAGUUCAAAGCAGCCGCUCUUCUAAAUUUUAUUCAAUCCUCAGUUUUUACUCUGAUCGACAACCUGUAUCAUCGACGACGAUGGAGACUGCCAGACUCCUUUCAGAGCGGGCGUUGCAACUCAAGCAACGGCCGCCAGUGAGAAAGAAUGAGAAGAGUGAAGGGAUGAAAGACGACCGUGAGCCCAAGAAUGGGCGAAUGUUGCGAGUCGAUCAGAUCUACAACAAAAAGGACCGCCAGACACACUACGUCAAGACCGCCAAACCAUCAUUAAACCAGUCAAAGCUCGAGAAGCUCACCAAGACUGCAUUGGUCGUCCGGCGUGUGAUUAACGAUAGAGGUCUUGUCUCUAGGGUGGAAAUCGACAUUAGAUCGGUCGCACUCAAGAAUGUGUUGGCGGAAGUCUUCAAAGGAGUGGAGGGUCUGCAACUUAACAAGAGUCCUCCAAUGGCAUAUCCACAGCUUCUGUUCCAUGCUGCUCCUGGGCUCCUAGAGCUAUUAAAGGAAGAGGAAUCCAAAGCAGAGCCCAAUAAAACAUUAAUCAACGACAUUAACACAGCACUUACCUUUGUGCAAGAAGACUUUUCCGAGCAGAUAGCAAGCUUGAACUCUCUUCGCGAGCAUGGCGAAAUUACGUUUGAUCUACUGUGGGCCAUCUUUUCACCUAAAACGCUUGUGUUUACCCAGCAAAACUCCAUGCUCGAACCGCAAGCGGCAAGGUUUAAAAAGGGAGACUACGGCACUCGACAAAAUGGUACUGCAUAUUUCAGCCUUCGAUGCGAAGUUAUCUCUCACGACGGCCAGGAUUUUGGUUACGGAGAAGCUUGCUACACCAUUGAUGAUUUUGAGGGAACGAAGAAGACUCACGAGCUUCCGGUGUUUCCUUUCUCCGUGCAUCCAGCGAAGGAGGCAAUGCAAGAGACUCUCCUUGAACGCGGCCGAAAAUUCAUCAAGCUCAGCAUUGAGCCAGUAUGCAAAUCAUACACUGGCUUUGGGGUUUAUGAGCAGAAAAUGGGACGGUGUUCCCAAGAACUCCAAUUUCUCGCGACUGGCCGCAUAAUGAUUGACCCAGUUGAAUUCCGGCAACAAAAUCCCAAUUCAAUGCUUCUCCCCCCAUGGGUUCCCACCACCAUAAGCGCAGAGAGCCUUCCGGAAAGCGAGCUUCUUCUGUGCAAUCACCGCCUUCAGGGAUUCAGUUUUCCCAAGAAGCGAUGGGCCACAUUUGCGGUUUCUAGCAUCUCAGAUGUUGUGUGGAACGAAAAGGCCAUUGAUAGGCUAGUCAUUGAUUCCCGGCGUCGCCGGAUCAUUCAUUCGCUCGUCAAGUCUUACCGCAGUGAGGGCAAUGUCUUUGAUGAUAUUGUCCAAGACAAGGGCAAAGGAUUCAUUGCUCUCUUGAGUGGUAACCCCGGUGUUGGUAAGACAUUGACGGCGGAGGUUGUGUCUGAAGUCACUAAGCGUCCGCUGUACAUGGUCUCCGCGGGAGAGCUAGGCACGACUCCAGAAGACGUUGAUAUGCAUCUGGAAAUGGUGCUUGAAAUUACUCGACGCUGGGGAUGCGUGCUACUUAUCGAUGAGGCGGACGUUUUUCUGCAAGAGCGUGAUGGUCUUGACAUUGAGCGCAAUGCUAUUGUCAGCAUCUUCCUGCGCCGAUUGGAGUACUUCCAAGGCGUACUAAUUCUAACCACGAAUCGACGGAGCAUGAUUGACUCGGCAUUCCAAAGCCGUAUCCACCUUUCGCUGGUAUAUCCCGAUCUUGAUGUCAAGAGUCGCACUAUCCUGUGGAAGAGCUUUAUCGACAGUGUCCCAAGCGGCAUCAGUCUUUCCGACAGCGACAUUGACGAGCUGGCAAAGGUUCCCAUCAAUGGACGACAAAUCAAAAACGCAAUAUCAUGUGCCUUUCUCAUCUCGCGCGAGGAGACGUCUCCACUGGGCUUGGAAGACCUGCGCGCCAUGCUCGACCUCGUCACCAACGAACAGAGUUCUGGACCUGGCGCUUCUGGUUCAUCUGACGAAUCUAGUUCAUGAGUUUCUUUGUCCUCUAUACUUUUUUAUGCAGAGAUCAGCUCACGUUGCUCGCAUUUCUGUCGUAGAUUCACAAUAGCUUAGAUGCAAUAGUCAUGCCACGACACACAGAACAAGAAGUAGAAUAUACCAUCUCUGCUGAAUCC